AUGCCGGAUGCGAAUAGGAACGGCAGGAAGCAUUUCUAUGUCUCUGCUCUGGUCCUGGCAUACUUGGGUGUUGUGAUAGUUGGCACUUGUAUACUUUGGUUGGGCACCAAGUGCAAGAAUCGCGGAGCCCGGGAACCACAGCACAUUCUGACCGGAAUGGAUGAUGCAGCCGAAGCAGCUCCAGAACUGCCUCCAGCUAAGGCAGGCUUGAGUCGCAGGUGUUCGCGUGUGCUCUUUGCGCUGGCCUUCAGUGUCACCUACGCCAUAUGCUUGGCAGCAGCUUUUGCCAGCAGCGCCACUGGCAGGCUAAGCCAUGAUCUGGGCCUUUGCUGGGAGGCUUACUUGAUACUGUUCGCCAUGGCCGGUGGAUGGUUGCUGCUGCAAGCUUGCAUUGCUGCCUUGAUCUUGCCAAGAGGGCGCAGGUAUGGUCUGCGGACGUUUCCUUCGGCCUCUCUCAGUGGAAUGUGCCCGUUCAUCUCGGACGCCUAUGACACGCUAAAGGAUGCCAUCUUUGCCGCCCUGUGCCUACAAAGUGAGGCGGUGGUUGUGAAGAUCGUCGGAGUCCUGAGCCUGGUGCACCUUGCGGGCUUACACAUCUAUUAUAGCUUCUUCGAUGACAAGUGCCUCGCACAGCUCUGUGGGAGCCACCUAUCUGUUCUAAUGGCAUCCACAGAGGACACUGAGCCCGAGGCCUCCAGCUCGCAGAAGCUCUCCUUCUGCCGCUGGCUUUGCAGCAAGAUAGCGCCGCCGCUCUACAAGUUGGUGACCCCCACGAAGCGGAAGCUUCUGUUGUUGGAGAAUCUGCCGCAGGCGAUCUUCGCCAUGAUCUACCUUAAGGUCAAUGGCGGCAGCCUGUUUGUAGGUCUGCUGAACCUUGCGAUCCCUGUUUCCCAGCUCAUCUUGGCAAAUAUGUCCUACGGCAGCCUCCGGCGCUGUUCAGCUCCAUGGCAGGGGGAGCGGCUCAACUCUGCCUUGGAGGACAACAAUGAGCUGAUGGAACAGAGGAUCAGAGAUGAGGCAGAUUUCGCGCACGAUCUGGAAUUCUUCCGCCUCGUGGUUCCUCACUGCGAUGCCUUCAAUGACGUCUUCCCCGAGCUUGAUGACAUCCAGGAUGUUGAUACAGAGCGCUUGCGUGAGCUUUGCGUCGCCUGUGAGUUCAUCACCUCUAGAUCCAGGGUGGCGAUCCGGUGCGACGAUCUCGAUGAGACUUUUGUGGAGGCCAUCGCCACGGCACUCCGCAGCCACAGCCGGGUGCAGCAAGUCCACUUAGAGGCCAAGAGCAUGGAUGCAGAGUGCGCCCAGCUCAUUGCCACUCUGCUGGACAAGUCGUCGCCCGUUCAGGCAGUGACGCUUGACAUCGUCCAGCCGGGCGGAAUGGGGGAAAGCGAGGCUGAGGAGCUGGCAGAUGCCCUCCUGGAAUCCAACAGCGGCCUUCGACGGCUUUUCUUCUUCCACGACCAGAUCGGCGAGGAGCGGGCCGAGGCCAUUGCCAGUGCUAUGGAUGGAUUCUGGAACGAGGUGCAGGCCAUGGAAAAAGGAUUCGACAUGGACUGUCCAAAGAGACUCCUAUGCAAUUCCACCGAGAUCGGCGAAGAGGGGGUUGAG